AUUUACGCACUGUAAUAAAAGAGAAAAACAUCUCACUGUAAAAUGUGGACGGAUCUUGCUUUUCCUGAUUUAUCUCCACUUUAUGGUGUUAUUUUGCAUGUAUACACAAUAAACAGAAAUAACUACUCAUAAGAAAUUCCUGCUAUGGCAAAUAUUUAAAAAAUAUUUUAAGUUUUAACAUUCUAAGGAUCAAAUAAGUACCUUCAUUUUCAUAGUGGCCACUGUUCCUUUUAGUUUUAUGAAUCUGUAAUUUAACGUUAAUCUUUUCCAUUAACUUUUCAUACAUUAAUUUUCCAUAAUUUUUUUUUCUUUUCUUCUUCCUUCAUGUUAUCAAUAUGGAUAAUACUUAAAAUGCACUAAUCAUCAGUUCCAUUUUUUAUACAUUAUUUAUUUAUUUAUAUAUUUUUUGCACUUGCACUUGGAUCACUUGCAAAACAUUUAAAACAAGCUUGUUCAACCAAUAUAUACGUGAAAAAAAUAAUACUAAUAAAAGUGUUAAUUUGUAUCCUGAAGCUUCUGUUUAAUUAAUGUUCAUAACAACAUAAUCACAUUUUCACAGAUCUUAUCAGUUAUUGUGAUUGUAACAAAUGGGUGGAGAUUGAUGAAGAUGCCAGGUGAGAUUCCACCCUGGAGACUGGAACAACCUGUUUGCAUGUUUCAGUAUGCUGCAGGUGCUUAAGAUGGAUCUGCUGUCUUCAGGGCUGGUGAUUUAUUUAUAGAAACAGAUGAAUCAAAUGUGGGGAGAUUGAGGAUAAACUUUCAGAUAUUUUUAAACAUGAUUUAAUUACACAAUGACCUGCUUUCUUCUAACCUGCAUGUUCACAUUGCUCCAGAUAUGUCUGGCGCCAUCUAAAGCAAUGCUUUUUCCUCCAAAGAACCUGACUGUAGGAUUAUUGGAUUUUAAUGCUACAGCUGAAUGGCUUCCUGGACUAGGAAACCCUCCUGGCACCAAAUAUACCUUGGAGUAUAUAACUGUACAAAACAUGUCUGGAGGAAAGUGGAUUCCAUCUCCAAACUGCACUAACAUAGCCAUACUGAAAUGCGAGCUGACCUUUGAUGAGCUCCAUUGGUAUUAUUUUGUAAGGGUCAAGACCACGUUUAAAGGGACAAGCUCCAACUGGACAACUACAUCAAAGUCUUUCCAGCCAUAUGGAGACACUCGUCUGAGUUCUCCGGAUGUAGAGAUCUCAUCUGACCAAAAGUCCAUUAAAAUUAAUUUUAGUCAUAGGCUGGAAUUAAAACCAGAGAUCAAACUGGAAUUCCUGCUAUACCUUUUUGAGAAAAUUCCUGCAGGGGAAUCAGAGAUAAUUCCUCUGCUAUCAACCUCAAAAUCUCCCUACAUUGUCCCUAAUGUGCCAUCUGGCAAGAACUACUGUGUUAGUGUUUCUGCCAGUCAUCAACAAGCCUCGAAGAACAACAACUUCAGCACCACCAAAUGUACCUUUCUAUUAGAUUCUACUAGAAGCUUUGUGCUAAUGGUGUGCAUAGUAGCCAUUCUGCUGAUUACCUUUUCAUCUGGGAUUGUUGUGACUUUUGGUUGUUUUUACGACAUGAGGCUUAAAAUCAAGAAUCUCGACAUUCCAAAAGCCUUGAUCUUUAUUCAAGUAAAUAGUAGGGUCAUAGAACGAACCCCUGAGGAACUCCAAACAAUUACAGUUACAUUGCCUGGGCAAAAAAUAGUAGUGAACACAGAGGACUAUAUUUCUGCAUUGGAGGAGGAGUAUGGCUCUCCGUUCUACCAUAAGAGGGAAAACAUUACAAAUGUAAUAAUUAACCCAUCAUCCAUUGCCAAUGUCAACCCACCAGAGCAAUCUGAGGAGGCCGAGACAUCAAAUCAGUGUUUAUACACGCUAGCUACUGAUUUGGAACAAAGUCAAGAAAGUGAAAUAUCCGAGAAGGAUAAUCAUGAUAUGCAUCCAGUUACCCCUGCGUCUUUAUGUACUUGUACUUCAAACCAUUCAGAAUCGUCUACAUUUCUACAAGCAACUACUGUGAACGUAUUCGUGAACUCCGAGGAGGUUAUAUAUUGUACAGAGGAAACUCCCUGUUCUUCUGGCAAUGACUGUGAAAGAGAAGUGCCUGCUGAAGAGAAAGAGGAGGAGGAGGAGGAGGAGGAGGAUGUCUCCUUGUUGGCUGAUCACUCCUCAGAGAGUGGCUAUGAACCAAGACAUGCUAUAAAUGAUUUAUGAACCAGAGUUGACCUUUGGAACAAUGAACAGACUUCCAAAUUUCCACAGACUAUAUGUGAAGGCCCUCAAAGAGGAUCUACAUAUCCUGACCCUACUUCCAAAGGUGGAGUCUGCAACCAAAUUCAAGCAAAAAUGUAUCCACCUGAGCAACCCAAGGAGACAUGCAAAACUUGGUGACGUAGAAAAUCGGCAUAUUCAGAACAUCUUGAGCAAUAACACUUGAGCAGACACUGGCGUAGAAACAACUGGGGUCUGUUAUACCUGGAGAGAACCAUGCAUUAGCAUUCCCUUUUCUUUCAAUGGCAGUUGAGGGCAAAUGUGAACUUCAGAGUUUGGAACUCUCUUCUUCAUCAGGAACUCUUGAAACUUCCAUAUAUCAUGCGCUGUACAUGAAGACCUGCUACAUUACCAAAAGGAUUCUUCUAUGGCAUCACUGCAAAACCCCCCUUUUUAAGAGUUGUCAAGUGGGUCAUGUUGAACAGAUUUUGGACUAAGGAAAGCGUGCCUACUUUAGAAAUAAGCUGGAGCUGGACAUUCUGCAGCAUGACACAGUGACGCAACUGGUCACAUGACUAACCAUCUUGUCAAUAAAAGGACACAUUGUUGACAGACUCCAGGUGCUACAUGAAGCAAUUUAUGAUGCAGUGCAAUACCUGAUUGACCUGAAGCAUUGGGCAAUUGUAUCUAUUUUGUAUUCUGUGUUGAAAGUCAUACAAAAUACCAUAACUGAAAUUUAUUGUGUGUGUAUACAUUUACACAAAGUGGGUUUUUAAAAAUGAAAAUGUUUUCAUUUCCAGCUUUUAAGUGAAAAAAUACUAGAUUUUAAAGUAUUACCGAAAGUUUUAAUAUCAUUAUUUUUGAAAACAUCCUCGCAAGCACUUAAAAAGAGUAGUGUAGUUCCCACAGUUCUUCUAUGGAAUUCUCAGUUUCUUCUGUCUCUUCCUGUAAUUUUAAACUGACUCAGUAACAGUGAGAUCAGAUUUGUGCGUGGGCUAUACCUUCUGUUGUUAGAUUCUUUGUUCAAAGAAAAGUUUCACUGAAUUUUUACAGUAUUUUUAAAAGUAAUGUUUGGAAAUUGAAAACUGAUAUUGGCUACUGGUACACUAAAAAGAAAAAAGAUAUAUUAUAAGAUAUAAAUAUUCAUGCAAUUUUAUUGUGCCAGCUUUAUUUUCAUGUCAUCUCCUUCCAUAUGUACAGUAUGUGAAUGUGUUUACGUAAAAGGUAUUAUUAUCGUUGGUCAUUAUGGUUAUUGGGGCACAGCUCAGUCUUGUAAAAGAAAAAUUCGAUAGCUUGAGAGUGUGAAAGUUUUGUUUACAUGAAAUACUACUGACUGUAAUGCUGCAUAAUGCCUUACUGAACGCUGCCUUUAAUGGUGCUAAAGAGGCAAUUUCUUUUAUGGUUGAAUAAUUAACCCCUCCUAUAAAAGAGUCAUGAAAAACAC